AUGGAGGCGAUAUCUCAAGCAGUGUCAAGCUUCACGAAAGUGCAGAACAUUCUGAACAUGCUGACGUACUUGAACCUGGCUGCUUAUUUAUGGCCUCAACCAGCCAACAUGAAUAUCAAAGGUGGUGAAUCAUUUGAUUUUCUAAUCGUGGGAGGUGGCACAGCUGGAUGUAUUGUCGCAAGUAACUUGGCGCAGAUGAACGUCAGCGUCCUCGUUAUAGAAGCUGGCUGUCAACCCACUAUUGAUACAGAGAUCGCAGGAUUGUUCCCGUUUUUAAAAAACCGUAAUUUUGAUUGGAACUUCACAACUGUAGAAGAUUCUACUAAGAAGUAUCACAGAGGAGGAGUUACAGAAGUCGAGCAAGGUAAAGUGCUUGGUGGAUCAUCUAUACUUAACUACAUGAUCUAUGGUACUGGUAACUGCAAAGAUUAUAAAGAUUGGGCAAAUAUAACUAAUGACUCAAGUUGGACGUACGACAACAUAUUCCCACUCAUUAAAAGAACCGAAAAAGUAAUUGACAGCCGUAUACUCCAAUCAUCUGAUGUAGCUUACCAUGGAACACAGGGUAAAAUUGCAUUGAAAAAGUACCACUCUAGCACAAACAAUGGAUUCUAUGACUCCUACAAAGAAAUGGGAUAUAAAGUUGUAAACGAUAUUAACGUGAAGAAUCCUCUUGGUUUUACUCCCGCGUAUUUCACUAUUAGCGAUUCUAUUAGACAAAGCACAGCCUAUGGGUUUAUAAGACCAGAGAAAGAUAACCCUAAUUUAAAGGUCAUGUACAGAUCAUUGGUAACAAAAGUCUUGUUCGAUGAUAACAAACGUGCUAUAGGAGUGGAGGUCCUUACAAAUGAUAGGAAAACGAUAACUUUAUAUGCAAAUAAAGAAGUGAUUGUAACUGCUGGACCAUUUAAAUCACCUCAGUUGCUCAUGCUUUCGGGUAUUGGUCCACAGGAUCAUCUGGAAAGUAAUAACAUUGAAGUGAUUUCUAACAUACCGGUUGGACAAAAUCUUCAAGAUCAUCCAACGAAUGUUAUUAUACACAAAUUAGGUGUGGUACAGCCUGUAUCUCCAAGAGACCCUCAUCAGUUCCCAGUUAAUGUUAUGGACGGUCGAGUAGCCAUUAAUAAGUGCCAAAACUACGCAGACUACCAAGUUUUGUCUGGAGUUAUAACAAACUCAACACUAUUUUUGGAAAUCUGUCUCUACACAUUCACGUUUACUGAUGAAGUUUGUGCCCGUAUUGUGGAACAAACAUCUAAUCAUCAACUGCAUUUUAUAACUCAUAGACUUUUGUACCCUGAGUCUAGAGGAGAGGUGAGACUUAACUCUACUAACCCUGAAGACAGUCCCGUAAUUGACCCAAAGUACUAUACAAAUGAGAAUGACUUGGAAAGGCACGCUGAAUACAUUGAACAUUACAAUAAAAUUGUGGACACAUCUUAUUACAAAAGUCUUAAUGCUUCCUUUGUGGAUCCUAAACUGGAGUCGUGCGAUGGUUUAGAAGUGGGAUCUAAAGCUUACUGGAAGUGUUACACUAUCGGUAUGUCUACUACUUUACACGAUUACGUGGGAACCUGUGCAAUGGGAUCUGUGGUAGAUUCCAAACUUCGAGUUAAUGGUGUAAAGAAUUUAAGAGUUGCCGAUUCCAGUGUCAUACCGCAAAUAAUUGGAUCUUCGGUUCAAGGAGCCGUCAUGGUGAUUGCACAAAAAAUUAGUGAUUUGUUGCAAGAAGAGUACGGUCUGUAG